ACAGGAAUUACAGACAGUACCAGAGACAAGCCUCACCGCACCGCUCUCUGCCAGCAUGUCUGAACACCAGCGGGGACUCGUCUACCUGCUCACCGGAGGCUGCGGCUUCCUCGGCCGGCACGUGCUGCGGGUCCUGCUGGAGAAGGAGGAGGACCUGGCGGAGGUCCGGGUCUUUGACAAACACGUAGAUUCAAGUUUAAAUGGACUUAGCACAGAGCGGACAAAGGUGGUGGUGAUUCAGGGGGACAUCGCAGACUACAGCAGUGUGUUGGAGGCCUCCCGAGGGUCCGAUGUUGUCAUCCACUCGGCCAGCUUGGUGGAUGUUUGGCACAAAGUCCCAGAGAGCCUUAUCCUCUCUGUCAACGUCACAGGGACGGAGAAUGUGAUCAAUGCCUGUGUGGAGUGUGGCAUCCAGUGCCUGGUCUACACCAGCAGCAUGGAAGUGAUCGGUCCCAACGUCAACGGAGAUCCCUUUUUAAGGGGCAACGAAGACACCCCUUACCAAGUGAAACACACUAUGGCCUAUCCUAAGAGCAAGGCGAAGGCAGAGAAAAUUGUGCUUGAAGCUAAUGGCACCCAGGUAAAUGGUGGAAAGAGUUUAUACACAUGCUCUCUGAGGCCGACGGGGAUCUACGGCGAAGGACAUGAGCUUAUUAAGGAUUUCUACAAGCAGGGUGUGCAGAGAGGAGGCCUGAUCAUCGGGGGUGUCCCAGAAGAUGCUGAACAUGGACGGGUCUAUGCAGGCAAUGUGGCCUGGAUGCACCUACUUGCAGCCCGAGCCCUGAGAGAGCGCCCACACACAGUGGGAGGUGAAGCUUUCUUCUGCUAUGACGACUCACCCUACAAGAAUUAUGAGGAUUUCAACAUGCAGUUCCUCUCCACAUUUAACUUCCAAAGGAUCCGUGUGCCCUCACUAGUGCUCUGGUUCCUGGCCAUGCUUAAUGACAUGCUCCGCUGGAUAUUGAGUCCCUGGCACAACUACACGCCAUUGCUCAACAGUUACACUUUGGCCGUGGCUAGUACCUCCUUCACUGUCAGCACAGAUAAAGCACAGCGCCACUUCCAGUACCGCCCUCUGUACGACUGGGAACAGUGUCGAGCCCGCACACAGAAAUGGGUUGAUACAUUCCCUCUGGAUAAUAACCCCAAAGACUCCUAAUGUGACCUCAUCUGCUACAACAGGCAUCACAAGCUGCUAAGUAGACAUGCAGAGCUCCAAAUAUUCAGCGUAAGGUGCUAUUAGGUAACAGGAAAAGCAAACUGUAUCACAGUAUAAAAAGAAAAUGUCAUUGUUAUAUUUGAGUAAGUCUUAGCGCAUUUGACUUAUUUACAAAGAAGACAUAAUGACUACAAGUGUUCAUAUGAAGCACAUACGUUAAUUAAUAGGGUAGUUAAAGAAUGAUUUAUUAUUGAAUUCCAUUGAAUUCAGUUCAUUUGGUAAAGCAACUAAGAGAUUGUGUUUUUUAAGAAUAUGCUGUGGUAUUUAGAUAAUAAAAAGUCUACAUCAGAGAUGACCUAACAUCAGCAUUUGUAAUUAUGUAAAUUACAACAAACUUAAACACAAUUUACAAGCAUUUACUGGACUUUAUAUGAACAUUAGACUUUUAUUUUUAGUAAUAUAUAUCAUUGAUGGCAAUGUUUAAUGUUGCAUAAUUUAAGUAUUAUUUUUACAAUUACAUUGUUGAUAAAUUGUAUCAUGUUAAGUAUGUUAAAUGUUUGUAAUUUUUAAUAAAGAUUAUUUAAUAUAUUCUA